GCUAAAGGAGGAGACGAAAACAACACGAGACUCUGGUAUCAUCGCUGUUUAAAGGUAAGAGGGCAGCGCGCUCACAGUAUCGCAUUCACAUGAAGAUUCCUUAUGCAACCCGCAAAGGCAGUACGAGCCAACACCAAGAUUUGGGCUCUUAUAGCGAAGCGAGCGAGAGAAGAAGGAGCUAAGAAGAUGGGUGAAGCUCAGUCGCGGUCAGUGAUGCUGCAACAUCAGGACCCCUCAGCUAUAGACUCCACCUACUCCCCCUCCUCCGCUUCGUCUUCCUCCCUUCGAAACAGGAAGUACCAGGACCAGGAUGGCAACUCUAAUUUCCUGUCGACCACCACUACCUCCCCCGGCAACAAGGAUGAUGAAAACCGCAACCAAAUCCGACCGCGCAACUUAGGUCCCCUUGGUCGUGAUCCACCCAGUUCCAACAUCCCUCCUGGGAAUUACGGGAACAUUCUGUCUCCGAGGUCCAGAAUGCCGUGUUGGACCACUCUUGAACCGCUUCCCGAAAUUGAAUCGGGGGACGACGGAUAUGGUCGCGUCCCGCCCGACGGAGCAGAGGAGGGCAAAGUCACAGAGGAAGAGGCCAGAGCCAUGAUGCUUCAGUUUGAAGAGAAGCAGCGUGCGAAACUCCAGGUCAUUCAACGCCGCCGGAGCAGUUUGGGUCUGAGAGCCGAAGACCGUGAGGAAAUGAAGCACAUGGAGAAUGCAGACGAGUGGGGAGAUACCGGCUCAGACUCAGAAUAUAGCGAGCGCUCAGAAAGCAUGGCGUCUCUGCAGCUGGAGGGGGGAGGAGCCGAGGAGAGCGUCAUGGAGAGGUGGGACAGGAUUGGGGUCGGAGAGACCAGGUCCAGUCUGGAGCAGAGGCAGUCUCUGACCGGCAAUGAGGACAGUAGUCUGCUGGACGAAGAUGAAGAUCAGUCAUCAGAUUCGGAUGGUGAGCGUGGAGAGCUGCUGGACGCUGUGUGGACGUUGCGAGAGCGUGAGCGUUUCAAGGCUCAGGAGAUGGAGAGGCACCAGACACAGCUGACCAUGUAUCGGCGCCUGGCUCUGAUCCGAUGGGUGCGGACUCUACAGACCCGGGUCCAGGAGCAACAGAACCGGCUCCAGUCCAGCUUUGACCUCAUCCUCACCCACAGGAAGGAGCUGCUCAGGGUGGGGGCGGCUGCUAAUGUGGCUAAUGCUACGCCCACAGCGGUCAGCCAAACAUAAGAGACCAGAGUGAAAACAGGAAGUACGACAUUUGCAUAUUGUCAUAUACAGCCACAUUCUACAGUCUCCUACCCUAUACACUCUAGAGGUCCUAGUUUAGAUCUGGUUUAGUCCUCGUUAGGUCCUAUUUUAGACCUGGUUUAGUCCUGGUUUAGAUGUGGUUUAGACUUGGAUUAGAUUUGGUUUAGACCUGGUUUAGUGCUGAUUUAGACCUGGUUUUCCUGUGGUUCAAACCUGGUUCAGACCUGGUUCAGACUUGGUUAGGUCCUGGUUUAGACCUGGUUUAGACCUGGCUUUGUCCUGGUUUAGGCCUAGUUUUCCUCUGGUUCAUACCUGGUUCAGAUUUGGUUCAGACCUUGUAUAGACCUGGUUUUAAUUGGUUAGAUUCUGGUUUAGACCUGAUUUCAGACCUGGUUUAGAGCUGGUUAAGAUGUGGUUUCAAACCUGGUUUAGACCUGGUUCAGACUGGUUCAGACCUGGUUUAGACCUGGUUUCAGGCUUGGUUGUCUUUGGGACCUGCUCUACAUUCUACGUCCUCCAGAUGAAAAAUCCAGAGAAGAGAAUUUGUGAGGGCCCCUCUCUGCAUUAGGCCCUGGGUAAACACCUGCCCUUUACCGGCUCCUGUCAAUGUGGAGGAGCAGUGCCUCUACUCUGAGUCAAGCAUAUUAAGGACCAGAGGGUGGAGCUUGUGCGUAACCGUCUGGUGACUGGACCCUUACACACACAUCAGCUGCAGUGUACAGAGACUUUGUUUGGAUGCAACAUAGAGUGUAUAUGUAAACGGACAUAACCUGCUAGCCACCACAUUUUAAAUAGGAAGUGACUUCCGGCUCCAUCGACUCUGCCUCCAUUUAACUUUCUAUGUAAAAACAGUGUCUCCUCUCUCUCUGUAACUGUUUAGAGUGUAGUCCAGCAGACGUCAGAGCAGCUACAGAUCAGGACUUUUAGAGCAUGUCUUUCACUGUCUAUGAGUUUGAAUGUCGCUUUAUGUGCCCUUAGGCAAGACACGACCCCCGCUUGCUCCCAGUGUCUGUAGCACUGGAGUAGGAAUGUGGAAGUUCAAACUGUAUUCUGUGUAUGUGUUUUUCUUCUGUAAAUGUGCAACUUAAAUGUAAUGGAAAUAAUAUCCAGAGAUUGUUUAUAUAAUGAGAAUAAUGUAAAUAAGAUAAUUAUUGUUAAAUGAUUAAUGAUGAACAUAAAUAAAAGCUUUGAUCUGAGAGGACGAAUCG